CUAAAAUGUACACUUUGCAGGUUCAAGAAAACUCCCCAGCCCAACAAGGAGGAUUGGAACCUUUCUUUGAUUUCAUUAUUGCGAUAGGACACACUAGGCUUAAUAAAGAAAACAAUAUGCUGAAAGAUCUGCUGAAGGCAAAUGCUGAAAAACCAGUGAAGCUGGAGGUUUAUAACAUCAAAACGAUGAAAAUAAGAGAAGUGGAGGUGAUCCCCAGUAACAUGUGGGGAGGGCAAGGUCUUCUUGGUGCCAGCGUGAGGUUCUGCAGUUUCCAGGGAGCCAAUGAACAUGUGUGGCAUGUUUUGGAUGUUGAACCUGCAUCUCCUGCAGCCUUAGCUGGUUUGCAGCCAUACACUGACUACAUAGUUGGAUCUGAUCAGAUUCUUCAGGAGGUAGGGCACGAUUUCUUUUCAUUGAUUGAAUCCCAUGAGGGGAAGCCACUGAAGCUGAUGGUUUAUAACACUGAAGCAGACUCCAUUCGAGAGGUAGUUGUGACUCCCAAUGGAGCUUGGGGUGGAGAAGGAAGUUUAGGAUGUGGUAUUGGAUAUGGCUAUUUGCACAGAAUUCCAACACAGUCUAUAAUAUCGAAGAAAAAGCCAGAAAGCAAACCACCUUCACCCUUAUCAUCAGAAGCCAGAACUCCUGUAGCACCUACUAACGGUUACACAGAGACUCCAUUAUUGGCACCUGCUUCUCAGAUUGAUAGCUCUGAAACAGUUACGAGCUUUGAUCAGUCCACAGAUCAAGAGAUGAGUGGCUAUUCACCAGAAAGCUCACUUUCUCCUCCUCCCCCUGUCCAGAGAGUUAUGGAUCCAGGAUUUCUAGACAUGUCUGGUAUUUCAUUUCCUGAACUCACUGAUUUAGCAAAAGUGUCUGACAUGUCUGCCUCUUUCAACAUGCCAGCAGCAGACACUUUAGGAGGCACUGAAAAGCUAAUGUCUAACAGCGAAGCUACUGCUUAUUUUGAGAAUCCUACAGCUUUGGACCCUGAAGAGUUAACCACAUAUCCUGAAGGCUCAGUUAAGCAGCCUGGGUUGGACCAGCUAAUACCUUCAAUUUCAUCUUUGCCUUCUCUUGCUCUUCCUAAUGAAAUUUCUUCCAAAACACUAGGAACUGAUCCAAAUAACCAAGAAACAAAACUACUCCUAAACAGUAUUGAGAGCUUAUUAUCCACUACUCCACUGAAACCUGAUAAUGAAAAAGCAUGUGAACAGAAAGAGGAAGCUGCACAUGAUGAGUGAAAAGGACGUUUCUUCUGUUGCCAGACUGCCAGUAUGCUGUAAUGCUACAGCUUGGAAUAUUUUUCUGACCUCGUGAGAGAAUUACAGCCAUUUAUUUUGUUAGUGUAGACAAUAUUAUAAAAAUAUGCCAAUUCAUAUGAAAUACCUAUCCUAUUAUCUUUUCCCAACAUGGUUUGAUGGUUUGAUUUGUGUUCAGACUUCAUUUGAAUACUGUUCAAAAUCAGCAAAUUAUUCAGUUCUCUUAAGAGGAGAAAUUAAUGCAAAAACUGUUUGGGCACUAGUAAAGUUUCAACUUCUUAGAUUAAAGUUGGGCUUACAAUUGCUCUUCAAAAUAUUUUCUGAAGGCAUUCUGCCUGAACAGUGACAUUUAAUGAUGACUGACUUUCCCAGUAUUUGAAAAGAAAGUUAUUUACAACUUUGAUUUGCUGGAAAAAUUUGCUAAUGGUUCACCUCAGUUUGACCAGUCUUGUGACUUAAGGCCCUCCCCACCCCAAGAUACCGUUAUUCAUACUUGCUACUCUGCAGACUGUUAUUUUUCUUGCUUUAGUGUUUCUUUAACAGUUAUUAACAUCUUCUCUAAAACUAUUUUUGCAAGAAAAGUAGUAGCUUACAUUUUGAAAUUGCAACAUAUAGAUAGGACAAAAUGGAGUGGGUGUGUUCUGUUACUCACUUUAGCUCUUCAAUAGAUUGUAUGGUGGUCUCACAGUUUAAAAAAAUCGAGGGAAGAAUGCUGGUGGUUAUCUGAAAUUAAGUUUAUUAAAGUAAAGAUGAUUCAAAUCAAUUCCAUGUGAAUUUAGGGUGAUUAACCUUAUAAAUGGAGUUGAGCAUGUCUUGGUUUCUUUUGUAAGAGAGGAAUAGCUUUUAUGGUUAUGCUUUUCUAUUUCCCAAAUUAGUAUUUUUAUAAAAAUCAUUAAGGCACUGGAAUAGAACACUGUGCAAGAUAUCUGUUGCUUCUUACAGCUUUAUUUUUUGUUUGCAUUUGUCUUGAAAUAGUUUCCACCCUUUGAACUCUGUGUUACAUGAUUAGUAAGUAACAUGUAACAAUUUAAGAAACCUGAAGGUUUUUAUACCCCUCAGGGCAGCAGUUUAUCAUGGAAUUUUAAACUGGUUGGGAGUAACUUCACUAUAGCUGAUACAGCUACUCUGAUGAAAACCCUCUGCAAACUAAGAGAAUCAGGUGCAAUGUUAGACGUGUUUUAAGCUAUAACUUUGUAUGUUUAUUUGGCACAAUACAGUGUCAAAUUCCCCCCUCCUCUUCUCUCACCCCUGAUGCUUCUCUGCAUCAUGCCCAAUGGAGAUUAGCGAACAGAAUGACUGACUAGGCUAAAAAUCUUGUAACAGCAUGGGAUGGGGAGCCUAGGUCACAAAGACUUGCCUGUGACAGCUCACCUUCAGCAAAAUGGUGCAGAUGAAGCCAUAAAACAAGGGACAAGUCUUCAGAUGAUACACUGUGGAAUAAAAACUUUUUUUUAAGAUUUCUUAAUCACUGCAUUAGUCUUAAAGAGUGUUUUGACAUAGCACACAGUAGCUUAGAACAGAAUGGCCAAAAUAUUUUCUUCCUCCUUAAAAGAAUGCAGUAAGCACUAAAUACAGGUGUUAAUUAUUCAGGAAUUAAGAGAUUUGAAGUCUAGUCUGCCAAAUGGUCUGUAAUAGUUAACUUUUUGUUUUUUUUCCUCCCCUACACUGCUAGAAUAUAUUUCCUCUUCUUCCCUUCCUCUAAUGGACAGCUACAUGUGUGAAUAGCCAAAAAUUAAGAAAAAGAAUAUGUAAUUUAAGCUAUCAGUAAGUUUUUGUUCAGUCUUGGAGCCUGCUGACUGAAGAGAACUAGGUGUUCUAUGCUGGGGUUUUCUGUUUGCCUAGGACAGUUCUCUAGUACUACGCUUUUGUCAACGCUAUGUUUUCAAGCUUGUGGCAGCUUACUUAACUGAUGGCGUACCCAAGGAACCCUUUAGAAAUUUCAAAGCAGAAAAUGUCCAAACUCCGUAAAUUUCAAAUGUCACAGUAAUAAACAGCUUAACAUUUAUGGUACUGUUGUCUAGCUUACUUCAUGUUAAUUGGAUCUUGUUGGGGGGGGAAAAAAUCAGUAUAUAUUUAUGAAGCCUUGAUUACUUCUCACAAUGUCCAAAGAAAAAUUUAGCAUGCAGAUUUAGAGAACUGUAUAGACCUUUAACCUCUAGCAGUAGAAUGUUGUAUUCAUGUAAUGUAUGGCUGUACCACUUAAAUGCUAAAAGAGGUUAAGGUGUAACAUCAAGUUCCUUAUCUCUAACAAGUUAGAGAGUACCUUCUGUGGUGGCUGAAGCUAUGUUUGUUUUUUAGCACCUCCUUAGAGCUUUAAGAGCUAAACUGAAACAAGGUGGAGGAGAAGGGGAAAGCGUUCCUUUACUGGUGGGUACAGAGGUGACAGAACUGCUUAUAAAUUCUUCAGUUUCAGAAUAUAACCUAAAAUAAGAUUGCCAGAAGCUCCUGUGAGUGGAAGGUACCAAGUCUUAUAUUACAGAAAGGUGGAUCCACUUGUCCUGUCGGCAUGCCUGCUGCAUUUCCUUCCUCCCGCUGCUACAAAUGCAGACACCAGGAGUGUCACCCUGUCAGAUGGAGACUGCAUUUGUGAUUAUUUAUUUCAUUACUGCUGCUGCCUUAAUUUGAGGAAAUUCAGGAAGGGAAUGAACAGAGGGAAGCCUGAUACCAGAUGAUACAGCUGAAAGAAGAGAAACAUACUGUCUAAGGCCUGUGAGGACAGGCCAGUUUUGGUGGGGCAGGGGGAGAGCAGCAUUUUAUGUUGAUCAGAGAUGAGCAGAAUGACCUUGGAAGACAGCCAUCUUUGAAUGAGAUGGCUUAAAUUGUCUGCUUGUGUGUUGCAAUAUAUUGCUUAAAAACCAAACAGCUACUGCUUCCAAAUAUCUAGGAGGGGGUUGAGUAGCAUCCUGUUUGCUUAUGUAAACUUUGGGAGCAUCUAUUAAACCUGACAGUGAUCUUUCUUUUGCAAACCCUGGAAGAAUUUUCUCAGCAGCACCAGAGCGAUGGCAAAAAAGACAAAGUGACAAUGUAGCCUGUGAAUGUCCUCCACUAAUUUUACAGCUUGGAUGCAGCACAUGAGGAGUUAGAUGCAUUGCCUUGCAUCUCAGUAUGGCCAGACAGUAUGAUAACAUCAAUGGCCAAGCCUAGGGCAGCUCCUAGGAGCUGAAGCUACACUCAGACAAACCUCAUGUCUUCAUUUCCACUGAAACAUGUCUUUGGUAAGCCUAAUGAGCCAGAGCAGGUGGGUGGUAGGUGAUGGGGUGCUCAGAGAGGCUGUAGAGCCUCCAUCCUCAGAACUCUACUGGACAUACAUAGGUCUGAGCAACUUGAUCCAACUUUGCUCCAAGCAGGGCUAAUGUCAGAGGGCUAGACCAAACCCUCCCUCCCUUCCAAAGCUAAUUACUCAAUUCUAAUACAUAGAGAACUUGGUGUAGGAGUACAGUGUUCCACUGACCGAUGGUCAGGGCUGACAUAAAAAGCAACUGCCCCAUCUCAGAGGGGUAGCAUAACCCUGUACUAGGAACAGGGUUCCUAGUUGCCCUCAAAACAUGAUUUGGAAAUAAGCAUCCUGGAGAUAAACGUGCAAACCUUUUAUAACCAACGGUAUCUGAUGUUAAGGUAAUUCCGUGGUGAAUGAGGAUGGUUAGUUUCUUUAAGGUGAACAGCUACUGAAAAGAGCUGUUGAAAUACCAAAUUCAGACAGGUGACUUUUCUCUUCCUCUUGAACUUCCCCAGCAGGCUUGCACAAUUACUAAAAUCUGCAUCCAUCUGCUGACAGACUAGACUACUCUAUGUUUAGAAGCUGCUAAUCCAAGGUGCCAUACUUGACUGAACGUCUCUUUGGUGUAAGUGCUACAGUGGGAGAGGCUGCAACAGUGUGCACAGAUCAAGACACUCAAGUGUGUACUGAUGGGUUUGAAUUAUGCAUUUCGAGCUACUUGGUGUUCAGAACUUAAUCUUUUUUAGUAAGAAAGAUUUCAUACCUUUAAAAGCAUGACUCUCAUAGCACUAAGGACUACAGCACUAACACAGGAAGUAUGAGACCUUGGCCAGGCAAGCACCCUCUGGGCUCCUGCCCUCUGGCCUCAUGGAAUUCAAUAGAAACGGAGAGCGUCCCAGGGACAAGUCUUUAAUACAGAAUUCCUCUCACAACUCUCACCCCUCUCAACCUCCCCACUCCUGGGCAAGUUCUUCUCCUCCAGGCAAGAGCUCAAAAUGAGAGACCUAGCCACCACUGCUUGUGGCUGCUCUUAAGUGAAAGCAGCUAUUAAUUACUCAUUGCAUUUAAUCUGACUGUGCUAAUCUGGUAUUUCCUGUGUAUUGCCACUCAUUCCUAUACACACUCCCUCUUUGCUUUUGCCUUAAGCAAGUACUAAUUUGCCUUGCUUCUGCAGCAAGGGAAAUUUCAAAGCAGCUGUUUGGGUUAGGUUACAUUUCUAAACUAAGUCAAGUAAUUGAGCAUAUAUACUCCGACAACAUAGAUGGCUGGAACAGCAUCAAAAUAUCCCUGGAGACAGAUUGGGCAUGCCCAGGUCCAGACACUCGUAAGUACCUCUGAUAUUUGUAUGAGGUCUGCACGAUGUCUCUACAAAGUGACUUAGAUCCUUUUAGACACAGACUGAAGAAACUACUUAGAGGAAAGACCUGACUACAUAGCGAAGAAAACUAUUUUAGUCAAUCACUUUCUUAAUAUUUAAGUUUGCAUAUGCUGUUAACAGUUCUGUUAUCUAUUAGCUACCUGGAUGGUAACUCCAUCUGGCUCUGUUCAUGAACCAUCAGCACACCUACAGUUAUAGAUCCUGUGCUUAACUAUUGAUUUUGAAGUUCAAGAAACUCUUGGGGAGAAAGUCUGAAUCAACUGGAACUUCUAGGAAAGAAAAAUUAGUACCUAGGCAUAGUGUUGAACUAGCUGAAGAGCAGUGUAACCAGACUCACGACAUGAGGGCAGGUUUAUGCCUUCACCUUUGGUUAACACAUCCUCUCUCCUUUCCAGGCAUCUCCAACUCACUUUGGCAAACUGACCUCUACAGCUUCCCUCUCUCCCUUGAGUUAGCAACUGUCAGAGCAACGUGUUGAAUAGACUAUCACACUUCAGCUUUCUGAUUUGAAACAUGUGAAGGUUCUUCUCUGAGCAGUUUUCCACACUACUUUUCUUAAGAUUGGCUGAAGAGUUUAAUGUCAGUGCCCCCAAUACCCAUCCCACAGAAUAUGAACAAUCAAACUAAUAAAUCCCAAGUCACUUUAUUGCCAGUUCUGGCAGUGACAUAGAACCACAUUAUUCUCUUGCCCAUGGCUUGUUUUGAGUAACUAUUAGAAGCGUUAAGAAAGUAAUUGCUAAACCCUUCAAGUACUUCUUCCCUUCCUAAAGGGAUACUAGCACUUCCGCUGUAACUACUGAACCGAGCUCUUCUGUUUUAGGUAUUACCCCUAAGAGAAACUCACCUGUCAUUGGUAAAUUAAAUGUUUUUCUGGUUACAGAGUAUGACACUAAAUAAAAGAUUUACAGGUCCUUUCCAACAUGAAGUUGUAAAUUAAGGAAACCUCUAUAAAUCAAUGGCCUUUCCUCCAAAUCUGACAAACAGGAACUCCACCUUCAUUAAUAAUGCUCCAAUGAGCCGUGACUCCCUAGCUAACUCCCGAACAGUUGUGCUGAGACCUCAUGAGUUCUUGCCUUCAAGACUCUUACAGAAAACAGAAUUCCAGAGAAGAUGACCCAAAUUAAAAGGGAGCGGCAAAAAAAAAUCCUUUUACUUGACAUUCAGUCUAAGAUGGAUGCUGGCAGUAUCUGGAAACACAUCUGGUCACUGAAUCACAGCACAAAACCGCUUCCUCUUCAGAGGAAACCCUGCUGAGUACCCAAAGAAAAGGCUUUGGGUGCUCUGCUCUGGCAUUUUCAGCAUCAUGUAACCCAAUCUUGGUUUCCCAUUUUGUCUCUGACAGCGCUAAACUUUCACAUUCAGAAAACUCGGUGUCAGCAUGGGUUGAGUCACCAAUUACUUAUAGUAGGAGAGUCCUUUCUGAUAUUGUUGGUACGUUGGCAACGGCACAAAGUAUUUUUGUAGUACAGAAGGAAGCACUGCCUAGGCAAACAGCUUUACUUGAGUACGUUCUCCCCCUCAACAGGACCCCAAAGCUUGCAACUGAGGACCUGCAUGCCUGCCAAAUUAUUACAUUCAACCAUAUUACAAGAUCUUCAGGGGAACUUUAAGGCACUGCAAUUACUUGAGCCAUUCCAUUAUUUGAGCCACUUUUGAAGUCCUUUGUAAUACAACCAUUAAGUGGAAAUGGUCCAAUCUCUAAAUUUGCAUAAGUGAUCUAAUAGACAAAACAACUUUAAAAUAUUUUAACUAAAGCCUUUUAUUCUAUACAACUGUGAAACAGAUCAUUUACCCUUCUGGCAUUGCAGACUCUUCUGUCAGUCUUUCCUGAAACUGCAUUUCUGGGAUGGUUAGAAAAAAGAAAAGUUAAGACCUUGGCCGAUUUCAGACAAAAUAACUGGGAGCAAUUACAAUGUAUACAAAGGGAUAGCAAGACAUCUAGGAAAAAAAAAAAAAGCAGUGUCUAUUAGAACAAAGCAUAGACCCUUGCUAUUAA